AUGGGUUAUGGCUUCUUCAAAGGUGAGUAUGAUGUUUCCUAUCGUGUGUUCACUGUUGAAGAACUUAAUAAAGCAACGAACUUAGAUUUCACUGGGACAAGAAGUUAUUUUUCCAGGAAGAGACGGAUGGCAGUCCUAUGCUAUGGUAGUCAAGUUGCAGAUGAACUGUCACAAAAAAGUUUUGAAGAUUUUGCAAAUGCUAUCGCUUACCUUCAUACUGAAUUUCGCAGACCUAUCAUCCAUAGAGAUUUAACCGCGAAAAACAUUGUCAUGGACCAUUAUGGUGUUGCUAAGCUACUAGAUUUAUCACCCUGCAUAUCACUGCCUCCCGGAGAAUCAGAGAUAAAAGAUCUCCUUGUUGGGAUGGUGUCCUUGAACUCCACUACUUUAGGACAGGCAUUAUUACGGAGAAGUGUGAUGUCUACAUGUUUGGAAAGAUUCUCCUCAAACUCUUAA